AUGGCAUUAAGUGUGAAAGUGAAACCAACCAAGAGUCGAUCCACAUACGGAAGAGACCCUACCAUAUACGAUUAUGCAAAUAGCUCAAAAUGUUCCAACCGAUCAUCGAAGAGCAGCAACAAGAUUACGCUAACUGAGAUCGACCUCGAAACGGAACCAUUAGGUGAUGACCCGGAACAUACCAGUGGGAUAGGAUGGUCGGAUAAGCAGUGUCUUGCCGAAGGUACACCACAGGUAGUCGUGUACAAUGACUAUCAUAUCGAUGUAUGGUUUCUGGUGUCGAAAUUUAUACGCCCGGAAGAUGUUUGCCGAUUUGCACUGAUUUGUCGUAAAACGGCGGAGGUCGUGCAGAGUGGGCGGUUCUGGACGCAACUGUACCGAUCGUACUAUGAUCAAUCCAUCGAUAUACCGGCACGCUUUCAACCGGCCAGCAUGGUACGGUUGCGCGGUCUACGAUCAGCCGUCAUACGAUCGCUGUACUAUCUGUACCCACCGUUUGUGGAGCGCUUGACGAUGUUAUCGAACCGUCAUCAGUAUCGUGUUAUCGGUCGGCAGCUACUUACCACUUGGCACAAGCGUACAAAGAACUGCUGGACGUACUGUUUUCGUCUGAAAACACGACUAGCACCGGGUAGUCGGCCUGCACGGUCGGCGCAACUACAGCGCGAGAAAAGCUCGCUCGCAUUUUUGCAGGAUAUCUACAUGAACCCGGAGGAAGGAUGCCAGAUGUUGAUGAUAACGACCGAUUUCCUUAAAGUGAUACCAAUGUACAACGAGACGUUGUUUGUGAAAAACAUCGUCCAAACACUUUCCCAGAGCAUGAUGCGCUACAAGAUUAGUCUCGAGCUGGGUAACUACUGCGGUAAACGGAUAGAUGAGCUGGUAUUCGAUCCCGUGCGCAACGUAACCGUACUGGAUUGGUGGACACCGGAAUAUUAUACGGAAAUCGGUAGCUCACUUCAAGAAGAAUCGGCAUUGGCCGAAUCCGAAUGGACAGAAGAAUCGGACUGGGAUAACUAG